AUGGGUUCAACGGCGGAGACACAGCUAACUCCGGUGCAAGUUACCGACGACGAAGCUGCCCUUUUUGCCAUGCAGCUAGCAAGCGCCUCCGUUCUUCCGAUGGCUUUAAAAUCAGCUUUAGAGCUUGACCUUCUCGAGAUCAUGGCUAAGAACUCUUCUCCCAUGUCUCCGUCCGAGAUCGCUUCUCAUCUUCCGACAAAAAACCCCGAAGCUCCGGUCAUGCUCGACCGUAUCCUCCGCCUUCUUACGGCUUACUCAGUCCUUACAUGCUCCAAACGUACACUUCCCGGUGGUGGCGACGCCGUCGAGAGGAUUUACGGGCUUGGUCCGGUUUGCAAGUACUUGACCAAGAAUGAAGAUGGUGUCUCCAUUGCUGCUCUUUGUCUCAUGAACCAAGACAAGGUUCUCAUGGAAAGCUGGUACCAUUUGAAGGAUGCAAUUCUUGAUGGUGGGAUUCCAUUCAACAAGGCUUAUGGUAUGAGCGCUUUCGAGUACCACGGGACUGACCCUAGAUUCAACAAGGUCUUCAACAAUGGAAUGUCUAACCAUUCCACAAUCACCAUGAAGAAGAUUCUCGAGACCUAUAAGGGUUUCGAGGGAUUGACUUCUUUGGUUGAUGUUGGUGGUGGCAUUGGUGCUACUCUCAAAAUGAUUGUCUCUAAGUACCCUAACCUUAAAGGCAUCAACUUUGAUCUCCAACACGUCAUUGAAGAUGCUCCAUCUCAUCCCGGUAUUGAGCAUGUUGGAGGAGAUAUGUUUGUAAGUGUCCCCAAAGGUGAUGCCAUCUUCAUGAAGUGGAUAUGCCACGAUUGGAGCGACGAACACUGCACGAAAUUCUUGAAGAACUGCUACGAAGCGCUUCCAGAGAACGGAAAAGUGAUAUUAGCAGAAUGUAUCCUUCCAGAGACUCCAGACUCAAGCCUAUCGACCAAACAAGUAGUCCAUGUCGACUGCAUUAUGUUGGCUCACAAUCCCGGAGGCAAAGAACGGACCGAGAAAGAGUUUGAGGCAUUAGCUAAAGCAUCAGGCUUCAAGGGCAUCAAAGUUGUCUGCGACGCCUUUGGUGUUAACAUCAUUGAGUUGCUCAAGAAGAUCUAA